GGAGGACAAGCAAAAAUGAAGGUGGAGAUGUGGAAGGUGCACGCCACGCUACAGUCGGCGCUGGAUGGCAACGUGGCCAUUUCCACACCUCCAAAUGUGAUUGUGAUGACUCAGCAGCUCUUUUGUGCGACUUCCAAGGUUUCCCAGUUCGUCGUCUUCAACCUCUGCACCAUCUUCCUGGCUAAGAUGCUGACUGUGACUUUAGUUCUUUGUGCAAUGGUGGCACUGGCUACAGCUGACGAUGCAGCUGCAGCUGCAGAUGUCGAACUUUCUUCGUCACAGUGUCCACCCAACUGGAAAAAACACAACAACCGAUGUUUCUACUUUGAAUCCUCCCCCAAGAACUGGGUUGAUGCUGAGACACAAUGCCAGACCAUGAGUGGGAACCUUGCAUCGAUACACCAGGAUGACGAGCAUAAAUUCCUUCAGACCUUGACUCAGUCAGAAGCAUGGAUUGGAGGCUCAGAUUGCCAAUCGGUUGGAAGCUGGCUUUGGAGUGAUGGUACAGGCGUGUCCGGAACUUUCUGGUGUCCACAAAAACCAGACAACACACAAGCAGAGUGCUGUCUGAAGACCAACACUCAACCCGCCCAAUGCUGGGAUGACACCGCCUGUAACACACUACUGCCAUAUGUGUGUGCAAAGUCUCUUUAGACUGCAGAAGACUAUGGAUGGAUGGAUAUUUACCAUCUGGAGAAUAUAACACAGACAUCCUUUCAUACAUGUAAUAAACAUAUUGAGCAUUGA